AUGGCCGGGGAGAUGUCGAAGGAGGUGGUGAGCACUUGCAUUGGCGUGCUCAAGAGGAUCGAGGGUCGAAGUGAGUCUAAACAUGAGAAGGAUGCCUUGCGGCAGCUCACAGAAUGGCUGUCCAAGAUGAAAUUCGAGGAUGGGACAUCCAUCGGAGAAGACAAUCCCAAGCUCGACCCCCUGGCUGAGAAUUACCUCCUUCAAUACUGGGAGAGCUUCAGCGCGAGGAAAAUUGAAGUGAAGAGAGGCAGGAAUUGGACAGCACCAAGUGCAGAAUCCCUGUCUUCACGGAAGCACAGCCUGGGAGAAUCUGGCAGCCUGAUGCUGGCAGGAGAAGUAGCAAAGAUACAGUCGUGGGAGGAUUUUGACAUUUUCAAAGUGGCGGAGAUGGGAAAACCACUGGAGGUGGUGGCAAUGGCGAUGCUGGAAGACUUUGAAUUGGUCACCAAACUCAACCUCGAUUAUGCCAAGCUGACAAAGUUCUUUAAGGCUGUUGAAGAGAACUACCUUGACAAUCCUUACCACAACAAUAUUCAUGCCGCAGACGUGGUCCAAGCCCUGGGCGUGAUUCUGGCGCGGGACGAUCUGAAGUCACGAUUCACCGAUCUGGAGCUGCUCGCCAUGCUGUUGGCGGCUGUUGUCCACGAUGUUGCCCACCCAGGUGUCACAAACGAGUUUCACAUCAACACUCGGUCACAGGUGGCAAUAGUGUACAAUGAUGUGAGUGUGAACGAAAACUUCCAUGCUUCAAGGGCAUUCAACCUGAUGAAACUUGAUAAGGACAACCAUGCACUGGACGGGUUGAGUGAUGACGACUUUCGGUUUGUGAGGAAGUCGAUGAUCAGGAUGGUGCUGGCAACAGAUAUGAUCAAGCACAAUGAGCUCCUUGCGAGGUUCGCCCGCUACUUUGCGCUGUAUGACAAGGACUUGGAUAAGUGGGAGUCAGACGAUGCCAGGUCAGCUCUCCGCCAGAUGUUGCUUCAUUGUGCCGACAUCUCCAAUCCUGCUCGUCCAUGGAAGCUGGCUUCACAGUGGGCCUACCGAAUAAUGGACGAACUGUUUGCCCAAGGGGACAAGGAGGAGAAGAUGGGCGUCGCCCGCUCCCCGCUGUGCCGCCGGGACCAUGUCCAAGUUCCCAAGAGCCAGUCCACGUUCUUCGAGUUUAUCGCCAAGCCCAGCGUCGAGCUCCUGUCCCAACUGGCGCCCAAGUUCGGCGAGAUGGCGCUGCACCACAUCGCCGUGAACCUAGCUGAAUGGGAGAGGCUGCUGAAGGACAGCCCGUCAACUCCGAAAGCGGGGGAUCGUGCAUCCGCUGAUGAGAAGGGCUCUGGGCUGAGCAGGGCGUCUCAGAGCUGA